AGCUGAAGGGCGUUUGGAUGGUCCUGCCAGUAUCACACCUGAAGGGCCUUCUCCACCUGAGACCCUGAGCCAGCAUCCCAGAUCAUCAUUGCUGUUGCGUGGAGAAUGGAUUGAAGCAAACACGGAGGGAAGCUGGGAGACCAGUUGGGAGCCUGGUGCAGGAAGCUGAAUGAGAGGUCACAGUAGCCUAGAUUGCAGUGGUGGUAAUAGAGAAGGAAGGAUCUAGACCCACACCAGUCAAUAUGGUGCAACGAGCCCCAGGGGCCUCCCCGAUUCUGACCGAAAAGCAGGCCAAACAGCUCCUGAGAUCCCGGCGCCAGGACAGGCCAAGCAAACCCGGGUUCCCUGACGAGCCCAUGCGGGAGUACAUGCACCACCUACUCCGCCUGGAGCACCGCGCCGAGGAGCAGUUCAUGGAGCACUGGCUGAACCCUCACUGCAAGCCCCACUGCGACAGGAACCUGGUCCAUCCCGUGUAAGGGGCUUGGGACCAGCCUCUGCAAGCACUUUGAUAAGCAUCGACCUGGAUAACGCCAAAACAGGAUGAGGCUCCUUCUGUCAUUUACUGUUCAGCUGCGGGAAUGGAUGUCUUCAGACCUUGUGAACUGUGGCCAUGGCAAGGGUUGCCUUGGGGAUUGGUGGCAAAUGCAUGUGCUGCUUCAUUUUACUAACCUGCAUAACUCACCGAAACCAAGUGCUUAAAGCAUAGACACCCCCUCCCCCCGCAAAUAGCCACCCUAGCAGUUUGGAAGGAUGGGCAGAGUGAGAAUCUUACCUGGGCUGAUGGAGCCGGUCCUCCAAAGCGUGGAAGCAGGCUGCCUGCUUUAUCUAAGGACUCAGAAUAGUGAAGCGCCAUUUGGGGUGGUGGAGGUUUUGGGACACCUGUUUUUCCCUCUCCUUUUCUGCUCUAAUAAAUAUAGGUGUUAAACCUGC